AUGGAGAUUCCCCAAAGACAGUUGACAAGGGAGGAAGUCAAUCGAUGCUAUUUGCGAUGGCAACAGCUGAGAAACGAACAUGGGGAGAAUGCCGCUAACAUUCCGGAGUUUGUGUACUUCACCAAAGUGCUUCGUGUCGCUGCAAAACAGCAGCAAUUACAACAGGAACAAAAACAGCAGCAGCAGCAGCAACAGCAGCAGCAGCAGCAACAGCAGCAGCAGCAGCAACAACAACUGAAACAGGGACAGCCACGGCAUGACGAGCAGCUCCAUCAGCAAAACCCUGUUCAGUCUCAGGUGCCGGAGGAACAACAUCGUGGUUUGGCCGCUCAACCACUGCGAGGACCUCAACAUGCUAAUGAAACUCAACUACAGAGGCCGCAGUGGUCACCAGAUUCCCAACCCUUACAGCAAGAGCAGCAUUCUAACUACCCAAACAACAGUUCGGCAACUACCAAUGGCGCUCAACUUGGUAAGGCAUCACCAUCUUUUAUGAUGAAGCAACAGCCUAUAGCUAACUCCUCAGCUGCUGGGGGGGCCGACGCCCCUGUGCAGUCCCUCUUCACUCCCGAACAGUCGGAAUUACUGAAGGCCCAGAUAACCUCUCUCCGAUAUCUACUCAGCCGACAGCCUGUACCCGCUGAAGUACAGGACGUUGUUCAGAAGUCACUAAAUAAUCCUCCUAACUUCAAGCAAAUGUUACUUUCACUGAGCGAGACCGUCAAAAAGCGGCAACUCGCUCAACAAGGUCAAUCUAAGCCCUUGGAUCAAGACGUCAACCCUCUACAAAGAGCAGAGCCGGUCGUACAAACAAUGCCUUUAUCACAGCACCCCGCGCCUUCACAAACACCUAUCCAAACUGCCGCACAAAUGUCAUCUCAACCUCAGAUCCUGGCUCAGCAAUUGCCACCACGUCCAUUGCAAAAUCUCUCCAACUCCGGAACACCAGCUGUAGUACAUAAUUCCUUUCCGCAAGCUAGUGCAUCGCCUGUCUUUAAUGAAGAGAAUGCUGCUGGCGCUAGAAGCCGAUCCUUAUCGACCAACACUAUCCCGCAGCGCCAAGGAAGUGGGGGGGUUAAUGCAACAAACGCUGGGUCAACUGAGCAGGCAAAAAUAAAAGUGCCCAUUCCACUAGAAGAGUACCAGAAACUGAAUCCUGAUAUUGGGAAAAUUGUUAAUAUCAACGCAUCUGAUAUGGUAGACUGCUAUUCUCUUCCUAAACCCCUCGAGGAACCAAUCCACUACGAACAGCUUUUUCCUACCAAAAAUCAUCCCCUUCUCACUAUCAAGCCCGGUACCCUCCCGCCUGGGAUAGACAUGCAUUCGGCAAUGGAAGUGUACCAGACAUUGAUCGCCCUCGACAUUGACACUGCCGUGGAUUCUUGUCUGGCUGACAUUUUGAACGACAAGAUGGAUUCGGAAGCUAAAGAAAUGGCAACUUACGAUUACUAUGCCCUUCAACUACUGCCUCUCCAAAAGGCUGUGAGAGGACAUGUCUUGCAAUUUGAAUGGUAUCAAAAAGCCUUGCUGACCAAUACCCAUCCCAACUUCUUAUCAAAGAUCAGAAAAGUCAAUUUACAAGAUGCUUUGCUCACUGAUGAAUUGUACAUGAGACACGAAUUAUUGCAAAACGAACGCCGGAAACAUGAGCGGUUGACCAAGUUGAAACGUGUGGCAGAUAGUUCAGUGGCCUCCUAUAACAAUCGGCUGAGCAGGCGAACGCAAAGGGUAAAAUUUGGCCACAAACUAAUAUCUCUUCACGCCAACAUUGAAAAAGAAGAACAAAAAAGAGUGGAAAGAAAUGCUAAGCAACGUCUGCAAGCUUUGAAAGCCAAUGACGAAGAAGCUUAUAUCAAAUUGUUGGAUCAGACCAAGGAUACCAGAAUUACCCAUUUGCUCAAACAGACUAAUGCGUUUUUAGACUCCUUAACGAAGGCCGUCCGAGAUCAGCAACAGUACACAAAGGACAAAAUUGACUCGCAUAUUGACAUUGAUGGUGAACCUGAGGGCGAUGAUAGAAUGACUACAACAACCACUGCAUCUGGAGAUGUACCUGAUGAAGAUGAGAGACAAGACAUUGAUUAUUACAAUGUUGCGCAUCGCAUCAAGGAAGAAGUGAAAGUGCAGCCAUCGAUUUUGAUCGGUGGAACCCUGAAGGAAUAUCAAUUAAAAGGUCUUCAGUGGAUGGUGUCCCUUUAUAACAACCACUUGAAUGGGAUUCUGGCUGACGAAAUGGGCCUCGGUAAGACGAUUCAAACAAUAUCACUGCUAACGUACUUAUACGAGAUGAAGAAUGUGCGUGGGCCAUCUCUAGUGAUCGUCCCACUCUCGACACUGACAAAUUGGGAUUCGGAGUUUGAUAAGUGGGCUCCAGUCUUGAGAAAAGUUGCUUACAAAGGUUCGCCCAAUGAGAGAAAGUCUAAACAGAGCAUCAUCAGGUCUGGACAAUUCGACGUGGUUUUGACAACAUUUGAGUAUAUCAUUAAAGAAAGAGCUUUGCUUUCCAAAAUCAAGUGGGUGCAUAUGAUCAUCGACGAAGGUCAUAGAAUGAAAAAUGCUCAAUCCAAACUUUCGCUCACCCUUAAUAAUUACUACCAUACUGACUAUCGUUUGAUCUUGACGGGUACUCCCUUGCAAAAUAACCUACCAGAACUUUGGGCGUUAUUGAAUUUCGUGCUGCCCAAAAUUUUCAAUUCUGUGAAAUCAUUUGAUGAGUGGUUCAAUACUCCGUUCGCUAACACCGGUGGUCAAGAUAAAAUUGCUCUUAGUGAGGAAGAAACUUUGCUUGUUAUUCGAAGACUGCAUAAGGUUUUGAGACCUUUUUUAUUGCGCCGUUUGAAAAAAGACGUAGAAAAGGAACUACCUGACAAAGUGGAAAAGGUGCUGAAAUGUAAAAUGAGUGGAUUGCAGCAGAAGCUCUAUGAACUCAUGCUGAAGCAUCGUCGGUUAUUUGCAGGCGAUAUAACUUCUAACAACAAAAUGGUUGGAAUGCGCGGUUUCAAUAACCAAAUUAUGCAACUCAAAAAGAUCUGUAACCAUCCAUUCGUGUUCGAAGAGGUGGAAGACCAAAUCAAUCCAUCGAGGGAAACAAACGCAAAUAUCUGGCGUGUUGCCGGUAAAUUUGAGCUACUCGAAAGAAUUCUCCCUAAAUUUAAAGCAACUGGGCAUCGUAUCUUAAUUUUCUUUCAAAUGACACAAAUUAUGGACAUCAUGGAGGACUUUUUGAGACUGAUGGGACUGAAGUAUCUGCGCUUGGAUGGGCAUACCAAGUCUGAUGAUCGUACGACACUUCUUCGACUUUUCAAUAGUCCGAAUUCAGAGUACUUUUGUUUUCUGCUUUCGACAAGAGCGGGAGGGCUCGGACUUAAUUUACAAACGGCAGAUACCGUUAUCAUUUUUGAUACAGAUUGGAAUCCCCAUCAAGAUCUGCAGGCUCAGGAUCGGGCCCAUAGAAUUGGGCAGAAAAACGAGGUCCGCAUAUUGAGGCUUAUUACAGAAAACUCCGUCGAAGAAGUCAUCCUUGACCGUGCUCACAAGAAGCUUGAUAUUGAUGGGAAAGUUAUUCAAGCCGGUAAGUUCGACAACAAGUCCACAUCUGAAGAGCAGGAAGCACUGUUGCGGUCUCUCUUAGAAGCAGAAGAGGAACAAAAGAAAAAGCGCGAAUUAGGACUGGAGGAAGAUGAGCAGAUUGAUGAUAAUGAGCUCAAUGAGAUUUUAGCUAGGAAUGAAGAUGAAAUCAAGAUUUUCGCGGACAUUGAUGACGAACGCAGUAGGAGACAUUUAGAGAAUGGUAUAACUUCCACUUUGAUGGCGACUGCAGAACUUCCUAACAUAUAUCAUCAAGAUAUUGAGGCGGAAUUGGAAAAGAAGAAGAACGAAGAGCUUACAGCAGGCGGUAGAGGUUCUCGAGAAAGGCGGAGUGCCCAAUAUGAUGACGAAAUCAGUGAGGAACAAUGGUUAAAGCAAUUUGAAGUGAGUGACCAUGAAGAUAGCGAAGGCGAGGACGAAGAUGAACGCCGGCCUAGAAAACGUAGCUCAAGUGAGAGCGAGAACAGGAAUAAAAGAGUUAAACUUGAAACUGAGGAACCAGCAGACGUGAGCUUUGAGUCUGAAGCAGAGGUCAAAGAAGAACUAGAGGGUAAACAUGACUCAGUUGCCACUAUUGGGCAAAAGUCUAUCAAGUCGUAUGGACCUGCUAAGGAUAAGGCACGCAGUCGUGUCCGCACUGUAAGGACCAGUGAUAAGAGGACAGGCAGACAAUUUAUUCGAGACACGUCAAAGCUAGUGAACUCUUUGGAAGAAAGAGUAAAAGUGGCUCAGAAAGCGAAGGAAUUAUUUGACUACGCAGUGAGGUAUGAGGAUGAAGAUGAGCGGCGUUUGGCAGACAUUUUCUUGGUGAAACCGUCCAAAAAACUCUACCCAGAUUAUUACAAAUUAAUUAAAUUCCCGGUUGCUUUUGAAAAUAUCACCGUCCACAUCGAUACUAGGGCAUAUGAUACUCUUAAGGAUGCUGUGGAAGACUUUCACCUAAUCUUUUCCAACGCGCGCAUCUACAAUACUGAAGACUCCUUAAUAUACCUCGAUUCAAUUGAGUUGGAAAAAGCGAUAAUAGAGAAGUACAAAGAGAUGUCUGGACAAGAAGAGGACGUAGAUUUUUCGAAUUUUGAUAAGGAGUAUGCCACCCAGCCCUUAGUUCCUUUGAAUGUGGGGCCGGUUAAGGAUGUCACACCGGCAUCUACAUAA